UUGUUUUUGUGUCUCAUUCAAUCCGUAAGGUACAACUCGACCAUUUUCCCAAUAAAGAAACCAUAGUGCAAAAAUAGUAGUAGUAGUAAUACAAAGUUUAGCGCCUCUCUUUCAAGACAGUCUUGAACUAAAGAUGAUAAAUGCCAAAAUACCCAAAUUCAAAUCUUUGGUCCCGUUAAAAGAAACUGAAAUUAACCACCUUUUAUGGCCACCAAAAUUUUCUUCACUGCCGUCAGUUCUCCAGCACUAUAUCAAUUCCGACACUCCUAUACACGGCCAAAAGAUCCAUUCAUACAUUCUCAAAACUGGUUACAAACCAAAUACCAAUAUAUGCAUCAAGCUUAUCAUACUUCAUUUAAAGUCUUCUUGCCUUUUCUAUGCGCGCCAAAUGUUCGACGAAAUGCGUCAACCGACUCUCUCUGCUUAUAAUUACAUGAUUUCAGGUUAUGUAAAACAUGGGUUUGUCUUAGAAUCUUUUGAUAUGGUUAGAAAGCUGUGUCUUUCUGGUGAAACUCCAGAUGCGUAUACAUUAUCAAUGAUCUUGAAGGGCUCCACUAGUAGCUAUGCUGAGUUAUAUUCUCCUUGUAUUGGAAAACAGGUUCAUGCCCGGAUAUUUAAAUGCAUCGUUGAGGAUGAUGAUGUGCUUUAUACGGCAUUAGUUGACUCGUAUGUGAAGAGCGGGAGGGUGGACUAUGCAAGGAGAGUGUUUGAUUUGAUGUUGGAAAGGGAUGUAGUUUGCUCGACAUCGUUGAUAACAGGGUACAUGAAUCAGGGUUAUAUUGAGGAUGCUGAAGAUGUGUUUAGUAGAACGACAGAGAAAGAUGUUGUGGUGUUCAAUGCAAUGAUUGAAGGUUAUAGCAAACAAGUUGAAAAUGCUAAGAAGGCGAUUGAGGUUUACAUUGACAUGCAACGUUUGGGUUUUAGGCCGAAUAUUUCUACUUUUGCAAGCAUUAUUGGGGCUUGUUCUGCUCUUGCAGCAUUUGAAAAUGGUCAACAAGUUCAAGGGCAGCUCAUGAAGACUGAGUUAAUUGAGCAUGUAAAAAUUGGAAGUGCUUUAAUUGACAUGUAUUCGAAGUGUGGGUUGGUUGAGGAUGCAAGAAGAGUCUUUAACUACAUGCCUGAGAAGAAUGUCUUCUCGUGGACUUCCAUGAUUGAUGGAUAUGGGAAAAAUGGGUAUCCUAAUGAAGCACUUGAACUAUUUAGUGUAAUGCAAAUAGAUCAUCUCAUUGUUCCAAACUAUGUUACAUUUCUAAGUGCUCUCUCUGCUUGUGCGCAUUCUGGGCUAAUUGCUAAAGGAAGAGAGAUUUUUGAAAGCAUGGAGAGAGAUUACUCGAUGAAGCCGAGGAUGGAGCAUUAUGCUUGCAUGGUUGAUAUCUUGGGCCGCUCAGGGAGUUUAAAUCAAGCAUUAGAGUUUGUAAUUAAUAUGACUGAAAGGCCAGAUUCUGAUGUUUGGGCAGCUUUACUCAGUUCUUGUAGACUGCAUGGAGAUGUGGAAUUGGCUAAUUUAGCUGCCAAUGAACUUUUCAAGCUGAGUAGCGGUAGUCGUCCAGGGGCAUAUGUUGCGCUAUCUAAUGCUCUGGCAGAUGCUGGGAGAUGGGAUGGUGUAAGUGAACUUAGGGAGAUUAUGAAGAUUAGAGGAAUAUCAAAAGGCACAGGCUUCAGUUGGGUUGGCAGUGAUAGCAGCUUGAAAGCUUUCUUAGGACAGCAGAUUUAAUUAAAGAUAAUAUUAGCAUUCUUUCACUCAGUUAAUCUGACGACUUGAAGGGGAGCCUUGGCGUAACUUGUAAAGUUGUUGUCAUGUGACUAGGAGGUCACGAGUUAGAGCCUUGGAAACAGCCUCUUGCAGAAAUGCAAGGUAAGACUGCGUGCAAUAGACCCUUGUGGUUAGGGCUGGGCAUAUAUCGGGUAAAACCGAUAACCCGAAUCGUUAAUUGUUUAUUGGAUUAUCGGUAUCGGGUUAUUGGGUUAACGGUUCGGUAACGGUUUAGAAUUUUUUUACUAUUGGGUUAUCGGUUCGGGCCUCGGUUUGCCAAUUUUGUUAAUUGGUUAACCGAUAACCCAAUAAGAAUUAAUAAAAUUACGACUUUAUCCUUAAGUAUAUACAAAUGCUAGGGCUUCAGUUCAUUCUCUCCUAUUCUUUCUCAACCCCACUCUUCAGUUGCUUCAUCUUCAUUCUUCAUACACCUUACUAGUUACUCCUAGCGUAAGUCUUUAGUAUACUAUAUGUGAAUUCUUCUCUUUUUUGCUUAACUCCAGUGAAUUGUCUUUUCUUUUUUGCUUAACUCUAGAUUGAGUU